UCUUCUCUCUCGCUAGUCGCUACUCACUCGGCUAAUCUAAUCAAGCGAACAAGCUUUCACUUCACGCACUCUCCGCUUCCAUCUCCCAACGAUAAAAUCUCUGAGCCCAAAAUUCAUUUAAUAUUUUUUUUUGAGAGAAAAUUCAAAGCGACUCUUCUCUUCUUAGACUGACCUGACCUGACCUGAGGAGACCUCCUCGUCCGUCUUCCGCCCUUACUCCUCGGCCAUGUACUUGUCGGAGAAGCCCCGGCCGAUCGACUUCUACAAGGCGGAGGAGUCCUCCUCCGCCCCCCGCGACAUGAUCAUCGAGGCCGUCCUCCCCUCCUCCGCGUCCAACGGCGACCUCCCCCCUCCCCCACAGCACCACAUGAUCCUCGCCGACUCCGACGGCGACCCCGACGGCAAGUCCGCCUCCGCCGCAGCUGCUGCCCCCUCCGUCGCCCCCAAGAAGCGCGCCGAGACUUGGGUCCAGGACGAGACCCGCUGCCUCAUCUCCCUCCGCCGCGACAUGGACUCCCUCUUCAACACCUCCAAGUCCAACAAGCACCUCUGGGACCAGAUUUCCGGCAAGAUGAGGGAGAAGGGCUUCGAUCGGAGCCCCACCAUGUGCACCGACAAGUGGAGGAACCUCCUCAAGGAGUUCAAGAAGGCCAAGUACCACGACCGGGCCGGGAGCGGCUCCGCCAAGAUGUCGUACUACAAAGAGAUUGACGAGAUUCUCAGGGAGCGGAGCAAGAACGCUCAGUAUAAGAGCCCCACUCCCUCCUCCACCAAGGUCGAUUCCUUCAUGCAAUUCUCCGACAAAGGGAUGGAGGACACUGGUAUCUCAUUUGGACCUGUUGAAGAUGCCGCUAGGUCCACCCUUUCAGAGAAAGAAUAUCCCCAUCGAGACCUGACUGUCAUUUCCUCUGUUGGAGCUAGUGGAAGGCCAACACUUAAUCUUGAUAGACGUCUGGACCAUGAUGGGCAUCCUCUGGCCAUAACACCUGCCGAUGCAGUUGCAGCUAAUGGAGUUCCUCCCUGGAAUUGGAGAGAAACCCCUGGAAGUGGUGGGGAGAGCCAGUCAUAUGGAGGGAGGGUUAUAGCGGUCAAAUGGGGAGAUUACACGAGAAGGAUUGGUAUUGAUGGCUCCGCAGAGUCUAUAAAGGAGGCGAUCAGGUGCGCCUUUAGAUUGAGGACAAAGCGGGCGUUUUGGUUGGAGGAUGAAGACCAGAUUGUACGGAGUCUAGACCGAGAUAUGCCUUUGGGGAAUUACAUUCUCCACCUUGAUGAAGGGUUGGCAAUAAAAGUAUGCGUCUAUGACGAGUCGGAUCACAUACCAGUCCACACCGAAGAUAAGAUAUUCUACACGGAAGAUGAUUAUCGUUACUUUCUGGUCCGAAGGGGAUGGACUGGCUUGAGGGAGUUUGAUGGGUACAGGACAAUCGACAGUAUGGACGAUUUACGGCCCGGUGCUAUAUAUCGCGGUGUCACUUGAGAGCAGCCUUAGUGGCUAGUUGUCUAGGAGAACAGUAUUACUCAGCUGCUUUGAGACAGCUUUGUCGAUUCCUUACUUCCGGGGAAAUGGACUUUGGUUUCAACCUUGUACAGUCAUGUUGUAACAUUAAACGGGUAGAUCCAUGUUCCGUUCUUCAACUACGAGGCAAGAAGCCUCUCUUCAAAGUGUAAAGUUUGUACUCUCUUUGUAACAAACUGUAUCAAACUAACUCCGAAUUUUUCCGGAGUCGAGUUUUUGCCCAUCUUCCUUAUGAAGCCUCUGGAGUUAGUAACUCGUAUCA